GCCGGGCGGCUGCGUCACACCCACAAAGGUGUAGUAGGGAAAGAGUGGAAGAAAAAGAGAAGGUUAAAGUCUACUUCCUCAAAAGCAGUGCCUCCUCCAUCCUCCCUUUCCUCCCUUGUAUUCUUUGUUUGUGGACAUGGGCGAAGACGGCGCCUCUGCUCUGGCCGCCUCCGAAGCUCCACUACUCUUCGGCGGGUACAAGACCAGCCGGGCCGCCGAUAGGUGGCGUUCAAUCCUUUGCCAUGGCAAUUGCUUCACAGUUAAGCCUUGGACCAUCGAUGACGAUGGCCCGAGCAUGCCGGCUUCCCUUUCCCUUGCAAGAAAGGUGGGGGCUGAGUUCAUUGGCACUUUCAUGCUGGUGUUCGCCAGCACGGCUGCGGCAAUCAUCGACCACCAAUCCGGCGGUGCCGUCACCUUAUUAGGCCUCGCAGCCUGUUCCGGCAUCGCGGCGAUGAUCAUCAUCCUCUCAACUGGCCACAUCUCCGGUGCUCACCUCAACCCAUCUGUCACCAUUGCCUUUGCCACCUUCAAACACUUCUCUUGGGAGAAGGUUCUUGUAUACAUUGCGGCACAGAUGUCGGCAUCGCUCUGUGCAGCAUUCACAUUGAAGGCAAUCUUUCAUCCCGGUUUGGGAGAAGGCGUGACGGUGCCGAGUGGUACUGCGGGUGCAGCGUUUCUAAUGGAGUUUAUUAUUGGAUUCAAUCUCAUGUUUGUCACCACGGCAGUUGCCACUGAUGUCAGAGCAGUUGGGGAGCUGGCCGGGAUCGCGGUAGGAGCAACUGUAACAAUGAACAGCCUCAUUGCUGGGAGGAUCAGCGGAGCAUCCAUGAACCCAGCGAGGACGCUGGGCCCGGCCAUGGCGGCGAACGACUACAAGGCCAUAUGGGUAUACUUCACGGCACCUAUCCUGGGGACCCUCACCGGGGCCGGCGCCUACUCUGCUGUCAAGCUCAGAGACGACGACGCUACCCCGACUAUGCGAAGCUUCAGAAGGUGACGACAGCCAUCGAUUGUUCUUUGUCCAAAAAGUAGACGACGAUAGUUUUGUCCGAUAAGAUCUAGCUUAAUAACUUCGUAUGUCCUCUUGUAUGUAACAAUGUAAUCGUAAAGCUGGUUGGUGUAAGAUGAUAGUUGUGGGGGGGCUGAAAGGUUCAUGAAUACACCAUCAGCAGUCUAUGAAAGAAAAAGGGUUAUAAAUAAAGCAAGAAAUUUGCUGAGGAGGAGGGUUGGGAAGUUGAUUGUUGGUGGUGAGAUAUCAAUGGUGGUCUAAGCUUAGGUUUUGGAGUCGAAGCUUCUUUGUUUUGAUCCGUAUGUUGUUGUAAGAAGUUGUGACCCGGGCUUGGGUUGAAAUGGAGUAGGCGCCGUGUUGUUUAGGAGACUUUGAAGAAUAUUAUUUGUUAUUCUCCUUAUUCUCAGUGGCUUCAAAUGAAUUUAGGAGACUUUGAAGAAUAUUAUUUGUUAUUCUCCUUAUUCUCAGUGGCUUCAAAUGAAGGCUUGUGUUAAAUUCAAUGUAAAUUAUGGAAUAUGACUGUUCUAGAAUA